GUUAUGCUUGGUGACUUGGGCUCGUUUGGAGUGAUGAAACCGGCAACCUUACCAGCAGGAGAGGCGGCUAGUGCCGUGUUCUCUUUGUUCUUUGCCACUGCAUCUGGUAUUGCACCUCCAGGUGGUGACCUACCCGGGAUGGAUCGAGAGAUCUCACACAGAGGGAAAGGUUCGAUACGGAUAUUCGGAGCAAUGGCGGCCUAG